UUCAAGUGAACACCUGCAAUUAGUGAAACCAAAAAUGACCUCUUCCCAGUUAUGGAUCCCAGCUCUUUUCUCCCUACUAUCGACAUCGGUAGUACUCAGUGAAAACGAAUGCUCUUACAAUGUACAAUCUGCGGUGCAAAUGUUGGCACAUGCCGAAGAUUGUGAGAAAUACAUUACCUGUGCUGGACAAAUAAAAAUCGUCCAAUCAUGCCCUGUAGGCUCAUUCUGGAACGUGUUGGAAAAGACAUGUUCAUCAAACAUUACCACAGUGAAAUGUAGAAAGAAACGGAAAAUUACGCUGAUGAGCAAACUCGACAUAAGGACUGCUUCGAACUCCGACGUAGAACCAUCCAUGUCUUGUGGCGAAAAAUCUGGCCAGUGCCCAGCCGUAUUUGAUCCUACGCAUUUGGUUCUGCGGCCACAUGAAAACUGCGCAAAAUACUACCUGUGUAUUUCGUUCCUCCCGGUGGUACUAUCGUGUCCCGUUAAGUUACACUUUAAUCGUGAAUCGUGUCAGUGUGACUUUCCUGAGAAUGCCAACUGCGGUUUGACAACAACGCAAACGGAGUCCACUCCGAUGGAAACAGAAACAGCUCCAACGCAAUCCGAAACGGCAUCAACUCCAACGGAAACAGAACCUGAUUCGACGGAAACGGAGCCUACUCCGACGGACACAAGUCCAACGGAAACAACUCCAACGGAAACAAGUUCAACGGAUACAAGUCCAACGGAAAUGGAUACAACUCCAACAGAAACAGAAACAGCUCUAACGCAAUCAGAAACGGCAUCAACUCCAACGGAAACAGAACCUGAUUCGACGGAAACGGAGCCUACUCCGACGGAAAUAGGUCCAACGGAAACAAGUCCAACGGAAACAAGUCCAACGGAUACAAGUCCAACGGAAACAAGUUCAACGGAUACAAGUCCAACGGAAACAAGUCCGACGGAAACAAGUCCAACGGAAACGGAUACAACUCCAACAGAAACAGAAACAGCUCCAACGCAAUCCGAAACGGCAUCAACUCCAACGGAAACAGAAUCUGAUUCGACGGAAACGGAGCCUACUCCGACGGAAACAGGUCCAACGGAAACAAGUCCAACGGAAACAAGUCCAACGGAUACAAGUCCAACGGAAACAAGUUCAGCGGAUACAAGUCCGACGGAAACAAGUGCAACGGAAACGGAUACAACUCCAACAGAAACAGAAACAGCUCCAACGCAAUCCGAAACGGCAUCAACUCCAACGGAAACAGAACCUGAUUCGACGGAAACGGAGCCUACUCCGACGGAACCAGGUCCAACGGAAACAAGUCCAACGGAAACAAGUUCAACGGAAACAAGUCUAACGGAAACAAGUCCGACGGAAACAAGUCCAACGGAAACAGAAACAGCUCCAACGCAAUCCGAAACGGCAUCAACUCCAACGGAAACAGAAUCUGAUUCGACGGAAACGGAGCCUACUCCGACGGAAACAGGUCCAACGGAAACAGGUCCAACGGAAACAAGUCCAACGGAAACAAGUUCAACGGAUACAAGUCCAACGGAAACAAGUUCAACGGAAACGGAUACAAGUCCAACGGAAACAGAAACAGCUCCAACGCAAUCAGAAACGGCAUCAACUCCAACGGAAACAGAAUCUGAUUCAACGGAAACGGAGCCUACUCCGACGGAAACAGGUCCAACGGAAACAAGUCCUACGGAAACAAGUUCAACGGAUACAAGUCCGACGGAAACGGCUACAACUCCAACAGAAACAGCUCCAACGCAAUCCGAAACGGCAUCAACUCCAUCGGAAACAGAACCUAAUUCGACGGAAACGGAGCCUACUCCGACGGAAACAGGUCCAACGGAAACAAGUCCUACGGAAACAAGUUCAACGGAUACAAGUCCAACGGAAACAAGUCCAACGGAAACAAGUCGAACGGAAACGGAUACAAGUCCAACAGAAACAGAAACAGCUCCAACGCAAUCAGAAACGGCAUCAACUCCAACGAAAACAGAAUCUGAUUCGACGGAAACGGAGCCUACUCCGACGGAAACAGGUCCAACGGAAACAAGUUCAACGGAUACAAGUCCAACGGAAACAAGUCCGACGGAAACGGAUACAACUCCAACAGAAACAGAAACAGCUCCAACGCAAUCCGAAACGGCAUCAACUCCAACGGAAACAGAAUCUGAUUCGACGGAAACGGAGCCUACUCCGACGGAAACAGAUCCAACGAAAACAGGUCCAACGGAUACAAGUCCGACGGAAACGGAUACAACUCCAACCGAAACAGAAACAGCUCCAACGCAAUCCGAAACGGCAUCAACUCCAACGGAAACAGAACCUGAUUCGACGGAAACGGUGCCUACUCCGACGGAAACAGGUCCAACGGAAACAAGUCCAACGGAAACAAGUCCGACGGAAACGGAUACAACUCCAACAGAAACAGAAACAGCUCCAACGCAAUCCGAAACGGCAUCAUCUCCAACGAAAACAGAAUCUGAUUCGACGGAAACGGAGCCUACUCCGACGGAAACAGGUCCAACGGAAACAAGUGCUACGGAAACAAGUUCAACGGAUACAAGUCCGAUGGAAACAAGUCCGACGGAAACGGAUACAACUCCAACAGAAACAACUCCAACGGAAACAGAAUCUGAUUCGACGGAAACGGAGCCUACUCCGACGGAAACAGGUCCAACGGAAACAAGUUCAACGGAUACAAGUCCGACGGAAACAAGUCCAACGGAAACGGAUACAACUCCAACAGAAACAGAAACAGCUCCAACGCAAUCCCAAACGGCAUCAACUCCAACGGAAACAGAACCUGAUUCGACGGAAACGGAGCCAACUCAAACGAAAACAGAAACAGCUCCAACGCAAGCCGAAACAACUUCAACUCCAUCAACAGAGCUCCCCACCACUUCCACAGAAAAGUCCACUACUACAACAACUAGCAUAGCUUCGAGUAGCACUACUGCCGAAUCCACCACUACAACUCCCGCAACGGCUACCGCUACUGCGAAACCUCCCAUGGCCCAGGAAAUAAUAGUUGCAGUUGGCAAAGCCAUGAAUGUUGUGAAUAGCCUGAUGGAUAUAUUUUUCAAUUAUGUUAUAUAGUGGUAACUGAU